CCAUUAAAGUAAGCGAGUUCAUGGCUUCCCAAACAAAGCCAAUGACUUCAAUCCGGUUAACUUCCACCUUUUCCUCUUCCUCUUCCUCUCGUCGUUCCAAUCGGUUAAGCAGUUUCAAUCGGCUUCUUCUUCUUCUUCUAAUCGCUUCCUAGAUCGCCUGGAUGCUUGGGCUGGCGGAAAUCGAACAGAGAAAUGGCCGGACAGAUGCAUGAAGGCGAUACAAAAACUCAGCUUGCGAUAAUUCCUGCCUCCUUCGAAAUUGGUCCUCCGUCUGGUGGAUCAGAACAUGAUUUCGAGGAUGAAAGCCUUGUCAGUCUGGAUCUUCCAACGAAGUCUAUCGGCAUGAAUGGAGUUCAGCAUGGUUCUAUUUCUGCCAUUGAACGAAUGGAUAGUAUCAUGAAGACUAACUUCUGGAGGAGCUUGAAAAUAAUAUUAUUCACAGCCAAGAUAAAUGUAUUGAUUCCUUUUGGACCUCUAGCAGUCCUUAUCAGCUACAUGACUGAUGAUAAAGGAUGGGUAUUCCUUUUCAGUUUGUUAGGCAUCAUUCCAUUGGCAGAGCGCUUAGGUUUCGCAACUGAGCAGUUAGUAUUUUUCACAGGAGCAACAGUGGGGGGCCUCUUGAAUGCUACUUUCGGAAAUGCAACCGAGUUAAUAAUAUCAGUCCAUGCACUGCAAAGUGGGAUGGUACGAGUCGUUCAACAGUCACUAUUAGGAUCUAUUCUAUCAAACAUGUUGCUUGUUCUUGGGUGUGCGUUCUUCUUUGGAGGGAUUGUUUUCAUGAACAAAGAGCAAGUUUUCGAUAAGGCAGAUGCUGCAGUGAACUCAGGAUUGCUGUUAAUGGCAGUAAUGGGACUACUUUUCCCUGCUGUUCUUCAUUAUACACAUACAGAAGUACAUUAUGGCAAAUCAGAAAUGGCUCUUUCUAGAUUUAGCAGUUGCAUAAUGCUUCUGGCCUAUGCUUGUUACCUUGCUUUCCAAUUAAAAAGCAGUAAUGUAUCCUACGAUCCCAUAAGCGAGGAAGGAUGUGAAAAUGGGGAGAUCACAAAAGAUGAAGAAGAUGAAGCCCCCGAGAUUUCAAAAUGGGAAGCCAUCAUAUGGCUUGGAAUUUUGACAGUUUGGAUCUCAGUGCUAUCUGAUUACCUGGUGGAUGCAAUUGAGGGUGCCUCAAUUGCCUGGAACAUUCCUAUUUCGUUUAUAAGUGUCAUUUUGCUCCCAAUUGUCGGUAAUGCUGCCGAGCAUGCAAGUUCUAUUAUGUUUGCCAUGAAAGACAAGCUCGACAUCUCUCUUGGAGUUGCUAUUGGGUCCUCUACUCAGAUAUCUAUGUUUGGGAUUCCUUUUUGUGUGGUAGUAGGAUGGAUCAUGGGACAACCAAUGGACUUGAAUUUUCAACUUUUUGAGACGGCGACUUUGUUUAUAACAGUAUUGGUUGUCACCUUCAUGCUCCAGGAUGGAACUUCAAACUAUUUCAAAGGUUUAAUGCUGAUCCUUUGCUAUCUAAUUGUAGCUGCAAGCUUUUUUGUACAUGUCGAUCCUUCUCUUGCCAAUGAAGAUAAAGAGCCGGGAAAUGGAAGUCACUAAACUCAUUGUUAUAACAAAGUUUAAUUGCAUACAAGGAGCCAUCCUCUUGGUGAAGUAGAGAGUGGCCCAUUUUGGCGUAAUAGGAGACAUUGAGGGAGGGUUUUAGGCACACUUUAUUUAUUACAUGUAAAUUAAUAGAUUGGAAAAAAAAUAUAUAUCCUUCAAUGAGAGUUAUGCUAUGAUCUCCUUGUAAUUGAUUAAUUGAUUUUGUUUCUUUCUCAAAA